UUUCCCUUAGCGGUGAACGUGUGGGACGUAAGCCCACUCUUGAAAACUUUAGUUAUGACUUUAUAUUAAUCAUUUCUCGUCUUAACUGAAAAUAGCUACACGAUCAGUAAUUGUUUUGUUAUCAUAGGAUUAUUAUGUUCCGAACGUGGGAGCAUAUAUUAUUAUAAUCUUUUCAACAAUUUUUCAGAGAUUUCAGAUCCCCAGUGUGAGUGACAUUAAUUAUUUAGGCGGUCACAGUUGUGCCAGUCAUAGGUAAAACCCGGUUCCUAGACGGUUUGUUUUAAAUAAUGAACUGAAAGCAGCGAGAAUGAGUCUGUUGCCGCGCACUGCCGAGGAGUUCAGUUCGGCUGAGUACUGGGAGCGCUUUUUCCGUCGUCGAGGAGACAAGGCUUUCGAGUGGUACGGAGACUACGGCCAGCUGUGCGGGGUGCUGCACAGGUACAUGAAACCGCGGGACAAGGUGCUCGUGGUCGGCUGUGGGAACUCGGAGUUGAGCGAACAGCUGUACGAUGUUGGCUACCAGCAGCUCAUCAACAUAGAUAUUAGUGAGACUGCAGUGGCUCACAUGAAGCAGCGCAACGCCGAGCGGCGCCCAGGCCUUACCUUCCUGCAGGUGGACGCCACCCAGACCCCCUUUGAGAGCGGCACCUUCCAGGCAGCACUGGACAAGGGCACCCUGGAUGCCAUGGCAGCAGAGGAGGAGGGUCUGCUGGCAACGAGGAUGCUGGCGGAGGUGGGCCGAGUGCUCGCCGUCGGCGGACGCUACGUUUGCGUGUCUCUGGCACAGGAGCACGUGGUGAAGAUGGCGGUGGAGCACUUUGUGCGAGAAGGCUGGGCGGUGCGGGCGCACUGCCUGGGAAAUCAGGAUUGUGGUUCGGCCUCUUUUGCGUUGCCUCUCUUCGUGCUAGUGUGCACCAAGUUUCGGAAGCCGCCCCCAGCUCCUGUGCUUGAGGUCUGCCAAGGUGAGGAUGGCCCCCCCUGCCGACUGGCAACUGUGCUGGAGUUGCUGCGUGUGGUCAAGGAGCGGCAGGCCUAUGCCUUGCUGCGGCAGAAGCUCCGCACAGACACAGAUGGCAGUCGGAGCCCCUCUCUCACCCUUUGCCAUGCCUCCACUGGUCGCCCCCGCUACACCCUCACUGUACAGGACAGUCCCGCCACAGCUAAGGUGCCCCGCGCCAAUCACUUUGCAAUAUUUAUAGUGCCUCAGGGUCGGGAAUCUGACUGGUUGUACGGCUCGGCCGAAGGACGUAGCCAGCUGGCGCGCAGUGCGAACUUUCGGCGACUCGUCAUUGUUGCGAUGCACAGAGAUCAGGAGUAUCAGGACAUGCAGUCUGUCCAGUCAGAGCUCUCUCCUAUGGUGAUGGAGCUUGCCCCUCCGGGAAUGCCAGCACAUCAGCAGGUGCCUUUCCUCUCAGUGGGAGGGGAGCUUGGAUGGAGGGAGGUGGUGAGUCAAGGUAAGAGUGCUCUCAGUGGGGAGUACUGUGUGGAAGAUGUUCGGGGGGAAGAUGGCCUCCUGUACCGUCGGCUGGUGUUCUUGGACAAUGCUGGAGUGGUGCAGUCGGAGAGUCGGCUCAGCUCUACACCUGCCGCAUCAGGUCGGAAGAAGAACAAAAAGAAGAAGCCAAAGCCAGAGGCUCCCCCCACUCAGGGAGGUGCGAACACUGCCACCACGGCUGUAGACAAGACUUUCCUGUGCUGUGCUCACCACCAGGUCAUGGUGGCUGGACUAUCCUUGCUGCGUAUGGGCUUUGGAGAAAGCAAUGGUGCUCCCGUAUCCGUGCUGUUGGUGGGUCUUGGUGGAGGGGGACUACCACAGUUUCUGCGGGACUUUGUCCCAGGAGCUUCUGUGGAGGUGGUUGAGCUGGAUCCUGCUAUGCUGGAAGUAGCUCAGCAAUGGUUUGGGUUCCGCGUGGACGAUCGGCUCAAGGUGGUGCUUGGAGAUGGACUUGAGCACAUCAACACUUUGGAAAAUCAAGGUGGUCAUUCCUAUGAUGUUAUCAUGUUUGAUGUCGACAGUAAGGAUCCCACUCUUGGAAUGAGUUGUCCUCCUCCUGCCUUUGUGGAAACAACUUUCCUUAAGAAAGUUCACAAUCUGCUAACUGCUCGAGGUGUGUUCAUGUUAAACCUGGUGUGUCGGGACUCUUCUCUGAGAGAGAGCGUGCUGGAGCGGGUCCGGGAGGUGUUUUCGUGUGUGCUGUCAAGAGGGAUUGAGGGGGAGGUCAAUCAACUACUCCUUUGUACCCAUGGAGAGGGAACAAACACCUUUGCAAGUCCACAGGCACUGAGGAAGGCUGGCAAAAGCUUGCAGGAGGUGCUGCAUGCCUCUAAUGCACCCUGCAAGCCAGAGAUUGACAUUGCCACACUGCUGGGCGAUCUAAAAAUUACUUGAGAAAACAGCCAGGAAAUUAAGUUGGUGCGAUAGUCAUACAAAAUAAGUUUUUGUGAAUUAUGUGAUUGCUUGUCUGAGAAAGCCAAAGACCAGGGGGCAUGACAGGAUGGGAGGAAAGAAGUGCGGUUUUAUUCUCCUGUAUUUGUUUCUUCCUUUUUAAAAUAUGAU